AUGCUCUCGGUCCAGAGACCUGAAGCUCCACCCGCCGCCGCAAUGUCGGACCGAGACGAUCAAGGUGACGACCACGGACUCGACCUCCAUGUCGAUGAUCAGACAAAGACUCGGUGCAGGGCCGGUGUCAGCUUGGCUCUUCCUGACAUUGAUCCCGAGUACCUGACCCAAGUCUGCACCGAGGCACAAUGGGAUGCAAACCGGGUCAUAGGCCAGAUCCUCGACCAAAUGGAGAACGGCAAUCCGUAUCCUCGGAGGCCAAAGCCAAAUGCUUUGAAGAGAAAGCGAAACGACGAGGAGCCGCCGCCGCCAGGGCCGGGCAACGCUGCCGCAAAGUUCGACAACGAGGAGCGCCGGCGACAACUCAAGGCUAAUUCAUACAAAAAGACGUGUGAUAUGAUCAUGCAACAGUCUUUCCCUGAGUGCUACGCUGAAGACCUGAGAAAAACAUUUGUGGAAAACGGCAAUUGCCUCUACCCUGCAUUUCUCCAAGUGGCUGCGACUGUUGCUAGCAGCACCAAUCGCCCACCAUACAGGAAAAAGUCUAGGGUCACCCAAAUCCCGGGAAGAUACGACGUGGAUGCCCUUGCUGACCGCAUACGCACUUGUGCUGAUCAAGGGGAACGCGAGGCGCUGGAGGAAUUCGUGGCCUUGAGGGAGGUUCAGGCAAAACAGCACGCGGAAGCCGAGGCCCAACGCAAGCGAGAAGAGGCCGAAAAGACCAACCUUGAAAUCGCCAUGCUUGAGGGCAACAUCGCUGACUGUGGGUGUUGUUUCGUGGAAUAUGCUCUCAACCGCAUGGUUCAUUGCGACGGAGAGACCCUGCAUUGGUUCUGUCGAGACUGUGCGAGGACGAUGGCUGAGACACAGAUCGGACUUUCAAAGUACCACUUGGACUGUAUGUCCACCGACGGCUGUGCGGGCAGCUUCGCGAUGGACCAGAAGGAGAUAUUUCUCGACAAACAUUCCAUGACAGCUCUGGACCGCAUCGAGCAGGAGGCCGUCCUGCGAGAGGCGGGCAUCGAGAACCUGGAAACAUGUCCCCAUUGCCCAUUCGCCGCCGAGUAUCCCCCAAUGGAGGAGGACAAGGAGUUCCGGUGCCUCAACCCAGAUUGUGCUAUCACGAGCUGCCGGUCGUGCAGGAAAGAGACCCAUGUCCCCAAAACCUGUGCCGAAGCAGCCUUGGAUAAGGGCCACUCUGCUAGGCAUGAGAUUGAGGAGGCAAUGUCGGCAGCUUUGAUUCGAACUUGCAACAAAUGUUCAGCGCCGUUCAUCAAGGAGCAUGGCUGCAACAAGAUGACCUGUACCAAGUGCAGGAACAUCCAGUGCUAUGUCUGUUCCAAGUCAUGUGACUAUAGCCAUUUCAACGACGCCAGCCGGGGCGGCAAGUCAGGCAACUGUCCCUUAUUCGAUGAUGGCUUUGGCGUAGAGAAGAGACACAGAGAUGAGGUUCAAGCGGCGGAGGAGCAAGCCAGGAAAAAGGCGCUGGAAAUGCACCCGGAGGUUCAGGCCGAUCUGCUGGAGUUCCAAUUGUCUGAUAAAGUCAAGAAAGACGAGGAGAAAAAGGCCUCACUUCACCAACUUCACCAACAUAUCCCUCCUGACCAUUAUCUUCAUCAUCACCACCGGCCCGGCCGCAUAGCACGAAGGUGGCGCUACAACAGAGGGCACGAUGCAUACAUGCCAGUGGAAGGCCCGGAGGGCGGACCGAUUCUAGGUCAUCAACCUGUCGCCAAUGGCGUCGUUGCUGCUGCUCCUCAUCCACCACCUGACCCGGCCCCUCAGGUUCCCUUUGCUGGCCCUCUUUACCGGGACAUACAACACGAUUGGCUUGGACCACAGCCAAUGAACCAACCGCAAGUAGUGGAUUAUCGCCUGAGGAAUGUCCGCAAGUUUUUUGCUGGAGCCAACGGGGCCGGGGCCGGGGCCGGGGCCAUACCUGGGCCGCACAACGGUCCGCCUGCUCUGGUGCCAAAUGAGAAUCGAGCACCCCGGCUGCCUUCACACCAUAUGCUCCGGCGGUCCCGGGGUCUGCCUGUGCCGGAAGAAGGGAUUCUGCCGAUAAAUAUUGCCCGUCCAAAUGCACAGCCUCAGGCUCAAGUCCCGAGACCCCAGGCUCAAGUCCCAGGACCACAGGCGCAAGUCCCAAGACCUCAAGCUCAACCGUACGUCAACCCUCAAGAUGUGUUCCCGAUUCCAGUGCCAGCAGGCGAGCCAGAUAUGGGACACUUGGGAAUGAGGUAUGGUAAUGUACCUGCAUUCGUGGGCGCCUUCGGACGUAUCAACAACAAUUACAGGCAGGGCAUUGGGAUCGACCCCCGGCCGAGGAACCAGCCGUGA